UGCGUGGGUGAAAAGAGUUGCUCACUAAUUUCCAAAUAAAAUUAAUUUUGCUACAAAAUGCAGGUUUGAUGCCAUCCACUUGGACCAUUUCAAAGAGAAAUCAAAAGUUGUUAGUGUCUUUUAUAAUCAGACACACUUGAGACUGAUAUUAUCGGCAUUGUGCCAAACUUUGAGAAAUUUUGGUGAAUUCGCAACAAAUAUUUAUUUGAAAGCUGAAGGUUACUAAUUGUAAUUCAAAAUGGCUGGCAGAGGCUGGGGCAGAGGAGGCCGAGGAGGGCCAAGAUUUGGAAAGAGACCAAUGGAAUUUCAAGGACCAUGGCAACCAAAGAGACCAAGAAUGGGUAUGGGAAUGGGUCCACCCCCACCAUUUGAUUAUGGACCCGAUCCAGGAAUGAGAUUUGGAUUCCGAGGACCCCCUCCUCCACCACAAGCCUGGGGUAGACCAAUGGCACCAGAAUAUGAUUAUCCUCAAGAAUGGGCAAGCCCUGAAGAAAAUCUGCAAAAAUUUAUCGAGUUUGUACUGUUCUUUCCACCACAAGGUGGCAGCAUUAACACAGUCCAGAGAGCUUUGAAUGACAGUGGAAUCGAUCUUCGACUCCAUUGUAAAAUGGAUGACGUGAAAGAUUCUGAGGAACCGGAGGUUGAAGGUGAACUCCAUCUCGGAACUUUCUUCCUCAGUAAAGGAAGAAGAAAGAAUCGAAACUUGCUGCGAAAGUUGCUGUUUGAUAUUGCGUAUUGGAAACUAAUGACAAAGACAGUGGGUGAAAUUUGUCUAAUGAGCAACGAAGAGUUGAGAGAAGCUGAGAAGAAGCCAGAAGAGACUGAAAAGAUGGAGACCUCUGAUGACACUGAAACAGCAGAAACGAAACCAGACGUCCCAAUAAAGACUGAACCUGGUACAGAAGAGGCAACGGAAGAAGAAAAGCCAGCUGAAACGAGUGAAGGAGAAAAAUCUGACGCAGAGAAGAAAAAGACUCCAUUAGGACGACGAUCCAAAAUGUCAUUCAAAUACUUCAGCCCUAGACUCAAGGAAAGGCUCAAGCAUAUGAAACAAAGUUUACCCAAAGGAAAGAAAGUGUACAGUAUUGCUGAUAUGAAUAUGGCGGCUGCUUCCUGUGGAAUGACCUUGACCUUAGUACAUUAUCGUCAAUACAAAUCAUCAACGGAGUCGGACCCUGUUUCCUGUGAAAUCUACGCAGAUGAGAUGUACCUGAGUAAGGGAGAAGGGGCAGAUCCCAAAGAAGCUGGGAAGAAUGCUUAUAUCAAAUCCAGAGACUAUUUAUUGAGCACGCCGGUUCACGUCAUUAUAAAGGACCAAAAGCGACUGUCGGAACUCAACAAAGAUGAUCCUUUGAUUCUAGACAUCAUCCACAGAGGCCCCUUCCAUGAAAUUGGUUCCAACAGCGGAAAUCUGAAAGCCUGGCAGUUAUACCCUCCCACUACUGAGAAGAAUACCUUUGAUAUCAUCAUCUUGGAGCAUGCAGAACAAAAAAAUCAAGCUUUCUUUAAGAUUUUAGAAACUAGCGCCACACAGAAUGGUAUGGCACUAGAUUGGUGUGUUUCUGGUAGACAUGACGAUGCUCCUCAAAGGUGUCAGAUCUUUCUUCAGAAGAGAAUGAUAGCUGAUGCUAAAGCUCAAAAUAAAAUGAAAGCCAAGAAUUUUGCUGCAAAUCAUGCUCUCCAAAGAUUCUCAAAUUCACAAACCCUCAUUAAGUAUCAAAGCAGAGAUUGUACCAAAACAACCUUCACUUAUGAAGAGAUCCAACAGAAAGCUAUUAAACUAAAGAUGGAGAGUCCUGAAGUCAAGCAGGAAGUGAAGCAAGAAGAAAGCAUGGAGACUGAUGCUGGAACAGAGGAAGUCAGCGAAGAGAAGAAACAGCAGCAAGAGAUGGAAGAAUGGAUCAACAAAGCCUUGGACAUCGAACUUCAGAAUUUCUUUGGUCAUGAUACUGUGGAAGAAAUGGUCAUGGGAGCUGAUUUUCCAGACCGAGAGCAGAAGUGGGUCAGGAAGCAGGCCUAUGCAAUGGGUGUUCAUACUUUUUCUAUUCCUGCCAAACGAGUACAGGUUUUAUUCCAAAGUAGAUCACACACAGCAGACAAAAUCCUGCAAGUUCUUUUAGAAAACGAUGGAACUUUUGGUCGUUACAAACUUUACCAAGUGAAGCAAACAGAUCAAAAAACAGCUAAGAGAUACUUGAACACUGAAGAACAAGCAAAGGCAGAUGAAGAAAAGGCAAAGAAAGAAGCUGAGAAGGCAGCUAAGGAGGCCGAGAAGGCUGCUGCAGCUGAAGAAGUACCUAAAGAAGAACCUGCUAAUGGUGAUGAACAGAUGGUCACUGAAUAGGUUGUUGGGUGGAAAUUUAUGAAUGCCAAAUUUGCUUGUUAAUAUGCAUUUAUUUGCCCUCAGUUGUGAAUGAUAACCAAUAUUUAGGGUAGAAAAUUUUGAAAGUUGUUGGAUUGAACUGCAUCAAUUUAAAGAUUUCAAAGAGACAGAGUUGGCAACUCGAAUUGGCCCUUAGUCAAAUGGAAUUGCAAGUUCCACAGAUAUCUGAUUGAAAAUUGGAAUGGUGCAGAUCGAUGCUAUCAAAUUCUUGGAUGCCGGCGAUGACCAUUCAGGGUUAGAAAACUUGUUCACAAUCUCUUGAAUUGACCAAUAUACCGGUAUUCACCACUGGGGGUGGAAUAGGUGCAUUUAAACAAGACUUCCAAAUGGUGUGAUAAAAUCACAAAACGUGUCCUUGCAAGAAGUAUUUGUUCAAUACGUGGUUCUUUAACUUAAGUUGUAAAAACUUGACUUCUAUUUGACCUGGGCAUAUUGACAGAAUAUCCUUACAAAUGUUCCAAAAUCUCUAGAAUAUGAUUUGUUCUAAUUAUAACUGCAGCAAUAAAUGUCAUAUCUUGGGACUCCAAAAUUUAACUAAGAUCAAAUCCAGAUUUUCAGAAAUUAACUAAUCUGAUUGGAUAAUAAAAGUAGAUUGACCAAUCAGAUGAUCGGAACACUAAAAUCAUCUUGAGUAAAGUUUUUGAAAAUAAGGCUCCUGAAGAUUUACGAAUCUAACUUAAAGAUAUUCCUGCAAGAAGUCCCUUGCAUUUAAAACCCUGCUCAACAUGUCAACUCUGAAGCUCUCAAAAGUAUGUAUUUGUUAAUUUUGUUUUUUGUAUUUUUGUAGUGUUGUUAAUUAUUUUAUGAAUCAAAGUUGUCCAACAAGUUUUGUGCUUUUAAAAGGUCUUUGUCUAAUUUCUUAUCUUAGAAGUGUUACUUCUGUUUCAUGUCCUAACUGGAUAUAUAAUUUAUAACUUCUGUUAAAUUUCAUGUUUCAUAACAGUAAGAUACUGACAGUGACCUUGAGUAUUUUGAAGAACCCAAGGCUAUAUAUCAUGCAUGUUGUUAUUUAUAAAAUAUGGUAUUCAUUUAUUAUUUAAAUAGGCCCUAAAAUCAACGUCAAGUUAUUAACUGUGUCUAAUACCUUGACAUCAUAAAGCACUUUACCUGUAUUUAGGAUUCGUUAAAAGUAACAUUGUCUAUUUUGAAGAACCCAAGGCUAUAUAUCAUGCAUGUUGUUAUUUAUAAAAUAUGGUAUUCAUUUAUUAUUGAAAUAGGCCCUAAAAUCAACAUCAAGUUAUUAACUAUGUCUAAUACCUUGACAUCAUUAGGCACAUUUCUCAUAUUACAGAUUGCAGCGAUUUGAUUGGAUUAUACCCUAGCAGAUACAGCCAAUAAAACAUUUGACAAGAAGUAUGUAAACAUUAUGGCUUAUUGUUUAUAGACCUUAGGUCGCUAGCAUACAAUCCAAUCAACACGUUACAUUAUACAAGAAAAGUACCUGAUUGUGUCAAGGUAUAAGAAGCAGUUCUUUUUGUCCAGACUGCAUUAAUUCAUUGCUUAAAAUAAUGUUCUUAUAUGGGCCUAUUUCUUUGUCAUAAAGCUGCGUUUACACUGCCAUAAAAAUUAGCCCACUUGAAAUUACUGUUAUUGUGGCAGUCUAAAUAAGGCUAAAUUGUUGUUCAGUUAAAUAGAAAAGAAAAGAAAAUGUCCAUUUUCAAUCAUGUUGUUUCAAAGGUUUUUCUAUUACUUCUUAGUUCAAUAUUUCUAUUGUAUCAUUUUAAACGUUAUUUUGUAGUUAGUUCGAGGGACAUUUAAAAAAAAAUUAUUGAAAUAUUGUUAUUUCUUUGAAUGGAAAGAAGAGAGUGCUUGCUUUUCCAGUGGAAAAAAUGGUGUUCAUUUAUACAUUUGAAGC